AUGGGUGACAUAGAGCAACAUGACCAGGAGGUUGGCCAAAUUUACUACAUUGCGGAGUUCAUCCCAUCGGAGGCAAUCAAAGAGGUAAAACCGGCAGGCAAGAAGCUCAAACCGAAAUCUGCUGAUUUGGUGUAUCCAAGUCAGGAAAUUAAGACGGAACCCACUUCCGGGGAUACUUCAUCGAAGCUAACAUACACGACCGGCCGCGGAAACAGCGUUCUCAUGUACGAAGGCCAUCGCUACAUCAAGAACAACUCGCACACGCCUCUAACUGCAGCAUUCCUGCAACAGUUUCAGUCGCAGCCGCUGCUCGCCUCACCACAGUUUAGCUUUAAGACCUCCCAGCGGAGCGGUCGCCACUUGCUCGUGGUGAAUGGGGUAACAUUUUUCCGAAACCGACAUCGCAACAACAAGCAAUACUGGAAGUGCAACCAGUACUACAAGUGUAAAUGUCCCUGCAUCGUGGUGAUCGACGAAAUCAACUCCCGCAUGAACGUGAAGCACAUUCACAACCAUGACACAUCGGGGGUCGCUGCCGGCAGUAGUAGCCUCUCCGGGAUGGGUCCGAAUCCGUCGUCGCUGGCCGGGUCCUUUCUGAACGAUAGCCUCCUCGGAGGAAGCAGCUCCAACAACCGGCGAGAGGAAGCAUAUGGGCAGUUUAUGCUGCCGAAGGCGGAAAUGGAAGUGGCCCGGUUCGGGAUGAGCCAGCGGGGUGCCAAGAAACUGCUCUACCACGGCUACGAAUAUGUUAAGGACCGAGACUUUCCCGACUCGACAAACUGGCGCUGUGCCUUGUUUCGCCGGCAGAAAUGCCGAGCCCGGGCAAUCAGCAAAGUCAUCGAGGGUGUCACCUACGUGCGGUUGACGAACGACGCCCACAGUCAUGACGACCGCAUAUUCGAACCGGCUGUUUUCGGUACCACCCGCCGGGGCCAGCAGAAGCUGAUACACAACGGGCAUGCGUAUACCAAGGAUCGCAAGUCGGCCAAGACAUGCAACUGGAAGUGUUCGCUGUUCACCCGCUACAAAUGCAAGGCACGUGCCGUCACCCGCGAAAUCAACGGGGCAGUGUACGUGAAGGUUACCAACACGCUGCACUACCACCCGGUCGAGCAGUACAAGAUCAACUACCGCCGUCUGGACGACAAAGCUGGCUUCACGGAACGAGCCCUGUACGAGUACACUUCCCGCGGAACGCAACGAUUGGUGUACGAUGGGUAUUUCUUUAGCAAAAACAAAACCUACGAAGCCGGCAGCCGGGUGAACUGGAAGUGCCAGUUCUACGAGCGACUGCGCUGCAAGGCCAGGGCGCUUACCAAGACCAUAGACGGAUACGACUAUGUGCGGAUUACCCACGAGGAACAUACGCAUACCCGUGAUAUAACGGAAGCAGGGACUCGCCGACGACGGCGGAGGCGAAAAAGUCGAUGUUUGAAAACGUUGGACAUCCGGAGCCACCAUGUGAGCGUCGUUCCGAGCAGCAAAGGGAAUUUCAAAAUCAUGAUCGACGGAUACAGCUACACCAAGAAUGCGGCCUCCGAGACGAAAACCUAUUGGACCUGUUCCAAGAUCAAAAGCUUAAAAUGUCGAGCCAGGAUUAUCACCUACGCCAAUAGUCCACAAAUUAGCUACAAUCAUCACCACCACCACCAUCCACCGGAUUAUUAA